AUAGGCAUUUUCUAUACCUUACUCUCUAUAGAACAAAAUUCCCUCAUUUGCACUGCUUCUGUGUUGCUAUCAUUAGGGCUUUGGAUCGUUUCGUUCUCUUGAAUCCCUCAAACUGCUUUAAUUUGUCUGCGAUGGCUGAUCAAGGUAUGGAUCUGAAUGCUCCUCACUCCAUGGGAACAACUAUCAUCGGUGUUACUUACAAUGGAGGUGUCGUCCUCGGUGCCGACUCUCGAACCAGCACUGGGAUGUAUGUUGCCAAUCGAGCGUCUGACAAAAUCACACAGCUGACUGAUAAUGUCUACGUCUGCCGCUCUGGAUCGGCUGCAGAUUCUCAAGUUGUAUCUGAUUAUGUGCGUUACUUUCUUCAUCAGCACACGAUACAGCUGGGGCAGCCUGCAACAGUCAAAGUUGCUGCAAACCUUGUUAGGCUUUUGUCAUAUAAUAACAAGAGCAUGCUGGAAACUGGUUUAAUUGUUGGUGGGUGGGACAAAUACGAAGGAGGCAAAAUAUAUGGGAUUCCUCUUGGUGGAACAAUAAUAGAGCAGCCUUUCGCCAUCGGAGGAUCUGGUUCUAGUUACUUGUAUGGAUUCUUUGAUCAAGCAUGGAAAGAAGGAAUGACCAAGGAUGAAGCCGAGCAAUUGGUGGUGAAGGCUGUUUCUCUUGCCAUUGCUCGGGAUGGUGCCAGUGGGGGUGUUGUUCGCACUGUUAUCAUAAACUCUGAGGGAGUGAAAAGAAACUUCUACCAAGGUGAUGCAUUGCCGCUGUGGCACGAGGAGUUGGAGCCUCAGAAUUCAUUGCUCGACGUACUCAACUCUUCUGGUCCUGAACCAAUGGCCACAUAAUGAAAUGCUGUUCUGAUCGCUGAUUACUGUAUCAGUGUUUUUGGGCAGUGAAUGUUGAUUAUCAAACUGGAUGUCUUACAGAUUGAUAGAACUGUAGUUUUAAGCAGUGUCGGGUCAUUUACUGUGUACUGGGUGAAGGACAACGGGUUUUAAUAUCCCCUUGAAUUCUCUGCUUGUUUUACAAUUUCUUUUUUUCUCUAUGAACUCAGAUUGUUUUUUAACAAUUCCAUUUCCUACCUACUUCCAA